CCUGGGCUGUGACUGGCUGUGGUGCUGGAGCCCUGGAUGGCCCCUGAGCCAGCCCCAGGGAGGACGAUGGUGCCCCUUGUGCCUGUACUCGUGAUGCUUGGUUUGGUGGCAGGUGCCUAUGGCGACAGCAAGCCUGUCUUCAUUAAGGUCCCUGAGGACCAGACUGGGCUGUCAGGAGGUGUAGCCUCCUUCGUGUGCCAGGCCACAGGGGAGCCCAAGCCACGCAUCACAUGGAUGAAGAAGGGGAAGAAAGUCAGCUCCCAGCGCUUUGAGGUAAUUGAGUUUGACGACGGGGCAGGGUCAGUGCUGCGGAUCCAGCCGUUGCGGGUGCAGCGAGAUGAAGCCAUCUAUGAGUGCACAGCCACCAACAGUCUGGGAGAGAUCAACACUAGUGCCAAACUCUCUGUGCUUGAAGAGGAGCAGUUGCCCCCCGGGUUCCCCUCCAUCGACAUGGGGCCACAGCUGAAGGUGGUGGAGAAGGCACGCACAGCCACCAUGCUAUGUGCAGCAGGUGGGAACCCAGACCCUGAGAUCUCUUGGUUCAAGGACUUCCUUCCAGUGGACCCCGCCACCAGCAACGGCCGCAUCAAGCAGCUACGUUCAGGUGCCUUACAGAUUGAGAGCAGCGAAGAAUCGGAUCAAGGCAAGUACGAGUGUGUGGCAACCAACUCUGCAGGCACACGCUACUCGGCCCCUGCAAACCUGUAUGUGCGAGUGCGCCGUGUGGCUCCUCGUUUCUCCAUCCCUCCCAGCAGCCAGGAGGUGAUGCCGGGUGGCAGUGUGAACCUGACAUGCGUUGCCGUGGGUGCGCCCAUGCCCUAUGUGAAGUGGAUGAUGGGUGCUGAGGAGCUCACCAAGGAGGACGAGAUGCCAGUUGGCCGCAAUGUGCUGGAGCUCAGCAACGUCAUACGCUCCGCCAACUACACCUGCGUGGCCAUUUCCUCACUGGGCAUGAUUGAGGCCACAGCUCAGGUCACAGUGAAAGCUCUGCCUAAGCCUCCGAUUGACCUUCUGGUGACAGAGACCACUGCUACCAGCGUCACCCUGACUUGGGACUCUGGAAACUCAGAGCCUGUGUCCUACUAUGGCAUCCAGUACCGUGCAGCGGGCACAGAGGGCCCCUUCCAGGAGGUAGACGGUGUGGCUACCACCCGCUACAGCAUUGGGGGCCUCAGCCCUUUUUCAGAAUACGCCUUCCGUGUGCUGGCAGUGAAUAGCAUUGGACGAGGGCCUCCCAGUGAGGCUGUACGGGCCCGCACGGGCGAGCAGGCACCCUCUAGCCCACCACGCCGAGUACAGGCACGUAUGCUGAGCGCCAGCACCAUGUUGGUGCAGUGGGAACCGCCUGAGGAGCCCAACGGCCUGGUGCGGGGAUACCGUGUCUACUAUACCCCAGACUCCCGCCGCCCCCUGAGCGCCUGGCACAAGCACAACACAGACGCAGGGCUCCUCACCACAGUGGGCAGCCUGUUGCCUGGCAUCACCUACAGCCUGCGCGUGCUUGCCUUCACUGCUGUGGGCGACGGCCCCCCCAGUCCCAACAUCCAAGUUAAGACGCAGCAGGGAGUGCCUGCCCAGCCUGCAGACUUCCAGGCCGAGGCGGAGUCUGACACCAGGAUCCAGCUCUCGUGGCUGCUGCCCCCUCAGGAGCGGAUCAUCAAGUAUGAGCUGGUGUACUGGGCAGCAGAGGACGAAGGCCAGCAGCACAAGGUGACCUUCGACCCUACCUCCUCCUACACCGUAGAGGACCUGAAGCCCAACACAUUGUACUGCUUCCAGCUGGCUGCUCGCUCAGAUAUGGGCGUGGGUGUCUUCACCCCUACCAUGGAGGCCCGCACAGCACAGUCUACCCCCUCCGCCCCUCCCCAGAAGGUGACCUGUGUGAGCGCGGGCUCCACCACAGUCCGGGUAAGUUGGGUCCCGCCGCCAGCAGACAGCCGCAACGGCGUUAUCACCCAGUACUCCGUGGCCUACGAGGCGGUGGACGGCGAGGACCGUGGGCGGCAUGUGGUGGACGGCAUCAGCCGCGAGCAUUCCAGCUGGGACCUGGUGGGCCUGGAGAAGUGGACGGAGUACCGGGUGUGGGUGCGGGCACACACAGAUGUGGGCCCUGGCCCUGAGAGCACCCCAGUGCUGGUGCGCACCGACGAGGACGUGCCCAGUGGACCACCACGGAAGGUGGAGGUGGAACCACUGAACUCUACUGCUGUGCACGUCUCCUGGAAGCUGCCCGUCCCCAGCAAGCAGCACGGCCAGAUACGCGGCUACCAGGUCACCUAUGUGCGGCUAGAGAAUGGCGAGCCCCGUGGCCCACCUGUUAUCCAGGACGUCAUGCUGGCUGAGGCUCAGGAAACUACCAUCAGUGGCCUGACCCCAGAGACCACCUACUCCAUUACUGUUGCCGCCUACACCACCAAGGGGGAUGGUGCCCGCAGCAAGCCCAAAAUUGUUACAACGACUGGGGCAGUCCCAGGCCGUCCCACCAUGAUGGUCAGCACCACAGCCAUGAACACUGCACUGCUCCAGUGGCAUCCACCCAAAGAGCUGCCUGGCGAGCUGCUGGGCUACCGACUGCAGUACCACCGGGCAGACGAGGCCCGGCCCACCACCAUAGACUUUGGUAAGGAUGACCAGCACUUUACGGUCACUGGCCUACACAAGGGUGCUACAUAUAUCUUCCGGCUGGCCGCCGAGAACCGGGCUGGCCCAGGCGAGGAGUUCGAGAAGGAGAUCACAACCCCUGAGGACGUGCCCAGCGGCUUUCCCCAGAACCUGCAUGUGAUAGGCCUAACCACCUUGACCACGGACGUGGCCUGGGAUCCACCGGUGCUAGCAGAGAGGAACGGGCGUAUCAUCAACUACACUGUUGUGUACCGAGACAUCAACAGCCAGCAGGAACUGUACAACGUCACCACUGACAUCCGCCUCACACUCUCUGGCCUCAAGCCAGACACCACUUAUGAUGUCAAGGUCCGUGCACAUACCAGCAAAGGUGCUGGCCCACUCAGCCCCAGCAUCCAGUCCCGGACCAUGCCUGUGGAGCAAGUGUUUGCCAAGAACUUCCGUGUGGCAGCUGCAAUGAAAACUUCUGUGCUGCUCAGCUGGGAGAUCCCCGACUCCUACAAGUCUGCUGUACCAUUCAAGAUUCUUUACAAUGGGCAGAGUGUGGAGGUGGACGGGCACUUGAUGCGGAAGCUGAUCGCAGACCUGCAGCCGAACACAGAAUACUCCUUUGUGCUGAUGAAUCGUGGCAGCAGUGCGGGGGGCCUGCAGCACCUCGUGUCCAUCCGCACAGCCCCCGACCUCCUGCCACACAAGCCACUGCCUGCCUCCGCCUACAUAGAGGACGGCCGCUUCACCCUCUCCAUGCCCCUCGUGCAGGAGCCCUCGCUCGUCAGGUGGUUCUACAUCGUGGUGGUGCCCAUUGACCGUGUGGGCGGGAACAUGCUGGCGCCGCGGUGGAAUACACCUGAGGAGCUGGAGCUGGACGAGCUUCUAGAGGCCAUCGAGCAGGGUGGCGGUGAGCGGCGGCGGCGGCGGCAGUCAGAGCGACUGAAGCCAUAUGUGGCUGCUCAGGUGGACGUGCUCCCCGAGACCUUCACCCUGGGGGACAAGAAGAGCUACCAGGGCUUCUACAACCGGCCCCUCUCUCCAGACCUGAGCUACCAGUGCUUUGUACUCGCCUCCCUGAAGGAGCCUGUGGACCAGAAGCGCUAUGCCUCCAGCCCCUACUCGGAUGAGAUCGUGGUCCAAGUGACACCAGCCCAGCAACAGGAGGAGCCCGAGAUGCUGUGGGUGACAGGCCCAGUCCUGGCGGUCAUCCUCAUCAUCCUCAUCGUCAUCGCCAUCCUGCUGUUCAAGAGGAAAAGGACCCAUUCCCCAUCUUCAAAAGAUGAGCAGUCGAUUGGGCUGAAGGAUUCCUUGCUGGCCCACUCCUCUGACCCUGUGGAGAUGCGGAGGCUCAACUACCAGACCCCAGGUAUGCGAGACCACCCGCCCAUCCCCAUCACUGACCUGGCAGAUAACAUUGAGCGCCUCAAAGCCAACGAUGGCCUCAAGUUCUCCCAGGAGUAUGAGUCCAUUGACCCUGGACAGCAGUUCACAUGGGAGAAUUCCAACCUGGAGGUGAAUAAGCCCAAGAACCGCUAUGCAAAUGUCAUUGCCUAUGACCACUCUCGAGUCAUCCUCACCUCCGUCGAUGGUGUCCCUGGGAGUGACUACAUCAAUGCCAACUAUAUUGACGGCUACCGCAAGCAGAAUGCCUACAUUGCCACACAGGGGCCGCUGCCUGAGACCAUGGGUGACUUUUGGCGGAUGGUGUGGGAACAGCGCACAGCCACUGUUGUCAUGAUGACACGGCUGGAGGAAAAGUCCCGGGUGAAAUGUGAUCAGUACUGGCCGGUUCGUGGCACUGAGACCUAUGGCCUCAUUCAGGUGACCCUGCUGGACACAGUGGAGCUGGCCACCUAUACCGUGCGCACCUUUGCACUCCAUAAGAGUGGCUCCAGCGAGAAGCGGGAGCUGCGUCAGUUCCAGUUCAUGGCCUGGCCAGACCACGGGGUCCCCGAGUACCCAACCCCUAUCCUGGCCUUUCUGCGGCGGGUCAAGUCCUGCAACCCAUUGGACGCAGGGCCCAUGGUGGUGCACUGCAGCGCGGGCGUGGGCCGCACGGGCUGUUUCAUCGUUAUCGAUGCCAUGCUGGAGCGGAUGAAGCAUGAGAAGACAGUUGACAUCUACGGCCAUGUGACAUGCAUGCGAUCACAGCGGAACUACAUGGUGCAGACAGAGGACCAGUACGUGUUCAUCCAUGAGGCAUUGCUGGAAGCAGCCACGUGUGGGCACACAGAGGUGCCCGCUCGCAACCUCUAUGCCCACAUCCAGAAGCUGGGCCAAGUGCCUCCUGGGGAGAGUGUUACUGCCAUGGAGCUUGAGUUCAAGUUGCUGGCCAGCUCCAAGGCCCACACAUCCCGUUUCAUCAGCGCCAACCUGCCCUGCAACAAGUUCAAGAACCGCCUGGUGAAUAUUAUGCCAUACGAGCUGACCCGCGUGUGUCUGCAGCCUAUCCGUGGCGUGGAGGGCUCUGACUACAUCAACGCCAGCUUCCUGGAUGGCUAUAGACAGCAGAAAGCCUACAUAGCCACUCAAGGGCCUUUGGCAGAAAGCACCGAGGACUUCUGGCGCAUGCUAUGGGAGCACAAUUCCACCAUCAUCGUCAUGCUAACCAAACUUCGGGAGAUGGGCAGGGAGAAGUGCCACCAGUACUGGCCAGCAGAGCGCUCUGCUCGCUACCAGUACUUUGUGGUUGACCCAAUGGCUGAAUACAACAUGCCACAGUAUAUCCUCCGUGAGUUCAAGGUCACAGAUGCCCGGGACGGGCAGUCUAGGACUAUCCGACAGUUCCAGUUCACAGACUGGCCAGAGCAGGGUGUGCCCAAGACGGGCGAGGGCUUCAUUGACUUCAUUGGCCAGGUGCAUAAGACCAAGGAGCAGUUUGGGCAGGAUGGUCCCAUCACAGUGCACUGCAGUGCUGGCGUGGGCCGCACCGGUGUGUUCAUCACUCUGAGCAUUGUCCUGGAGCGAAUGCGCUAUGAGGGUGUGGUCGACAUGUUCCAGACCGUGAAGACCCUGCGCACACAGCGUCCUGCCAUGGUGCAGACAGAGGACCAGUACCAGCUGUGCUACCGCGCAGCCCUGGAGUACCUCGGCAGCUUUGACCACUAUGCAACGUAACUAACGCUCCCCUCUCCUCCGCCACCCCCACCUGGGGGCUCCGGAGGGGACCAGCUCCUCUGAGCCAUACCGACCAUCAUCCAGCCCUCCUGCACGGAUGCUGUUGCUGGCAGAGCAUAGCCCACCGGGAUCACAGCGUUUCAGGAACAUUGCCACACCAAAUGGAGAGCAUAGAACACCCCGGGGCAGUGGGUAGCAGGCCAGCAGGCAGGUGCCGGAUCCACCUCCAUCCAUCAGACCCGCCUGGAGGCUGCUUCGAGCUCUGUUCCGCUGCCGCGUUUCUCAUGCUUCUUCUCAUGGGGUGGGGACAGGGGCAAAGCCCCCUUUUUAUACGUUAAGUGGGAUAGACUGAGGGAUUCUAGCCUCUUCCCUCUGAUUUUUCCUUUUGCAAAUCCUUAACUGCAGAAUAGACCACUGUGGGGGUUGGGACUUUUUUGUUUGUUUCCUUUUUUUGAGUUCACUGUGGAUUCUCUUUUUGUAUGGCUCUUACUGGAGUAGGGCAGAACAUGCCCUCCUUGAUGUGGGGCCAGGGGCCAGGCCUGCAGCCUGAGCAGAGGCUCCACUGUGGGCCCAGGAGGCAGCACAGGUCCACUGCUCCUCCAGCCCUUCCCAGAAAAUCCUAUUUAAAAUGAUCCAAAUGCAGGGAAACACUUGUUUUGUUUUGUUUUUCUUUCAGAGCCUUUGUAUAGACCCCAUGGACAGCGGUGGGCGGGGAGGAUGUAGAAAAUACUCCCAGUCGUCUAUUCCAGUAUGUGUCUGACAUUCAUAACCCAGAAUCAGAGAUGUGUCUGGGGGAGCCUGUCAAGGCGGUCCUCAUCACCAUCGUGUUUGCAGAGGUUAAAAAAAGCAAAAACAAAACAAAAACAAAAACACACACACAAAAUAAGAAUGGAAAAAAGAGAGUCAUCCCCUGGUUUCUCCUUCAAACACCUGAGAAGGGGAGGGUCUGGGCCCCUUGGGUUCUCCCUCUGGGCUGCAGAGCCUUGCUUUUUUGUCCCUAGUAUUGUGUGUGGUAUGUGUGGUAUUUGGAGGCUUGGGCCUGGCCAUGUGGCCCAGGCGAUUGGCACAGAUUGGGGUGUGCCUCACCCCGCGCACCUCAGGGCCCAGCAGGGGCAUGGCCGGCCCUUCCGGUCCAGGCCAGUGGGCCUGGUAGCACAUGUCUGUCCUCAGAGCUGAGGCCAGAUGACUUCCCUCCCUGGUUUGCAGCUAUUUUCAAAGCCCCUGAGAAUCACUCUUUUCCACUCCUUCGAGAUGCCCUCAUAAACCAAUGUGGCAAGACUACUGGACUUCUUUUAAUGGUACUAUAAUCAAUCCCUAUUAUCUCGGCUUGCUGAGGGGCAGGGAGAGGGCCUCUUCCUCUGGGCAGCACUAUCUAGGUAGGUAAGUGGGGGCGGGGAAGGGUGCAUAGCUGUUGUAGCCAAGGGAUGUGAUGCAGACAUCCCCAAAUCUAGCUGGGGUCAGUCAAGAUCAACAAUCCAGGGUUGGUAAUGUUGGAUGAAACAUUCAUUUUUACCUUGUGGAUGCUAGUGCUGUAGAGUUCACUGUUGUACACAGUCUGUUUUCUAUUUGUUAAGAAAAACUACAGCAUCAUUGCAUAAUUCUUGAUGGUAAUAAAUUUGAAUAAUCAGAUUUCUUACAAA